AUGACGACGCCGAUUGCCGAUAAUGUUAGCACGACCUUCGUGUUGGAGCUGGAGUUCAGCGUUAAGAUCGGAGCUAAGCUGAAUGCGCAAGCCACCAAUGCCCCAGCCCCCAAUGCCCCGGCAGCCACCAAUGCCCUAGCAGCCACCACUGCCCCAGCCCCCAAUACCCCAGCCACCACUGCCCCAGACACAUAUGCCCCUGCCCCAAUGCUCCAACCACCGAUGCCCCAGCUAUCAAUGCCCCAGCCCCAAUACCCCAGCCACCAAUGCCCCAGACCCAAUGCCCCAGCCCCAAAUGCCCCAACCACCGAUGCCACAUCCACCAAUGCCCCAGCCACCAAUGCCCCAGCCACCAAUGCCCCAGCCACCAAUGCCCCAGCCCCCAAUGCCCCGGCAGCCACCACUGCCCCAGCCCCCAAUACCCCAGACCCAAUGCCCCUUCCCCAAAUGCCCCAGCCAUCACUGCCCCAGACACCUAUGCUCCUGCCCCAAUGCUCCAACCAUCGAUGCCCCAGCUAUCAAUUCCCCAGCCCCCAAUGCCUAGCAGCCACCACUGCCCCAGCCCCCAAAUACCCCAGCCCCAAAUGUCCCAACCACCGAUGCAACAUACACCACUGCCCAGCCACCACUGCCCCAUCCACCACUGCCCCUAGCCACCACUGCCCUGGCAUGGCCGAGUCGCGAGCCCUCCCAUCAAUGACACCGUGUCUCAUAGACGCCACUCUAAUCCAUUUGACUGUUCUUCUCGUCCGUGGCGGGGAGACACACCAAUAUUUGUGUCUUCCAUAA